CGGAGCUGCGAGGCGCCAGCGAGGAGCAGGCGGGCGGGCCGGCGGGCGCGAGGCGGAGCGCGGGCGGCCGGGGAAGCUCGAAGGGCGGACGGCAGCGGCAAGCCAUCGGCCCGGGGCUGCGGGAGCCGGAGACCGCGGCGGCGGCGGCUGCUGCUGCAGGAGAAGCCGAGGGGACACCGCCCCUGCCCGCGCCCUGCCUCAGGCCAUCGCUGCUCCCCCGGGGCCCCGCGCGGACUAGUCUCCGUGAAGUGUCACGAUGUCUGACCGGAAGGCAGUGAUCAAGAACGCAGACAUGUCUGAGGACAUGCAACAGGAUGCCGUUGACUGCGCCACGCAGGCUAUGGAGAAGUACAACAUAGAGAAGGACAUUGCUGCUUAUAUCAAGAAGGAAUUUGACAAGAAAUACAACCCUACCUGGCAUUGUAUCGUGGGCCGAAAUUUUGGCAGCUAUGUUACACAUGAGACAAAGCACUUCAUCUAUUUUUACUUGGGUCAAGUUGCAAUCCUCCUCUUCAAGUCAGGCUAGGUGGCCACAGUGAAGGUGUCAGUGGCGGCGGCAGCGAUGGCAGGCGGCGUUGCUGGGACUGUUUUGCACUGGGGCCAGCAUCAGGAUGUCCUCUCCAAUGGCUGUGCUACUGCAUGGACUGUAUACUCGAUUUCAUGUGUAUGUCGCAGUAAACAAAACCAAACUUCUUUCUGUUUAGUUGCCUGGGGAAGAAGGCUGCUUUAUGUUUAUUUUUCAAGACUUUAAAAUUUUUUUCUUUGGUUGUAUUGCACUAGGAAAUCUCUCCCAUCCCUCCCUCUUCUCUUUCUCUCCCUACAUAUAAUAAAAAGCCCUCAACGAAGCCUGAAAGACGGGAGGGCUAGGGGAGAGAAAUCAGUUUCUGGAGGCGGAACUCAAACUGUGCAGCUGCCUCCUCCUGGUGGUGGGUGCUGCUUUGGGAGGUCCAGGGAGGCUCCAGGGGACAGCAUAAGGGUUGGCAAGGAGAGAGGGAUAGGAAGGAGGGUGGGGGAUUGAUCUAGUACCAGGGAGAAUAUUCCACUGAACUGUGAUUCCACGGCUUGGGGCAGAGGGUAGGGUGGGGUGGGGGGUGGAUUCUUUAAGGGGCCCUGAGACGUGUUUGUCUGUGGUGUGUGGGAGUGGGGAGCAGACUUGUCUUGCUGUCUUUGUCAGAAGAGUUUCUAAGUAAGGGCUGUGUCUUUGUGGAUUACCUUCUUUUAUUCUUCCUGCCAGAGCUCAUGCUAGGAGGAUGUUGGGGGUAGGAUUAGCUUGAUUUUUCUCUAUUCAUUCUUCUCUCCUUCUGUCUGCUCCCUGCUUAGCCCUCGGUUUUCUCAUUCCUCUGGAGUUCUCUUAAAGCAGCCCCUGUUAGUUGGCUGGCAAGGGAAUUUCUGGUGACUGUAGUUCCUUAGUUAAGUCUUAGCAAUCAAACCAAAUCAAUGUCUCCCUUGAUUCUCCUCUGUAUAUCUGUGUGUAUGUAUGUGUGUGUCUUGGUUUGGGGUAGAGGGGAGGGAGGGGCAGGACAGUGUGGAAUCUCUAGGGUGUAUGCAUAGGUAGCCUACACGGUUAGUUCUAAUUGGGCCUUUAUGUUAAAAACCUCUGGGGGUGUCUGCUUUGGGGGUGAAGACUGGUCAAGCCCCUUAGGCCAUCUGGCCCAGAUACUACUUGGCCUAUGGCUGUCUGCUUCCCAGAAGGCUUUAGGAGAAUAGCCCAUGAGGAGAUGACCAUGAUGCCAUCUGCUCUGGAACUGAUUCUCAGUGACUUUGGGGUGACUUUGUGGGGGAAAGUGACUUUGUGGGUGGUUGCAGCCUCUUGUGGGAGGUGGGGAUGGAAGUGAUAGAGGGCUGCAAGGACCUUUGGGGGAACUUCAGAAGGGAUUAGUCUUACAGUGGUGGAGCCCAGGUAUCAGGAGAUGGAGCAGGGCCCCUAGUGGGAGGAGAUUCCAAGGAGAGUGCAGGGGGAAAUCUUGUCUGUUGGUCAAACAGGGAUGGGGGGGGGGGCGGGGGAGUCAUUGCCGACUGAGCUGCUGAUUCUUGUAAAUCGCAUUUAAAACUCAUCUGUAGGGUUGGCACUCUGGGAGGGGGGUGGUUGGGAUCCAGCUCAUUCAUUCUUUUCUUUUUUUCCCCUGAGUCCAUCCUUGGGGCCUGGGGAGGCAGGAAAAUGCCCCCUCCCCAAGCCUUUAGUGUGUGCUGAGCUUUCUCUUUGAUGCUGACAGGGGAGGGUGGGUACUGGGAUGGUGAAUGAGUUCCCUAUAUCAAACCCUUCAGUGGGCACAAGAUUGAGUGCUUGGUUUUAGGUUUUAUUUUUUUAUGAAUGUCCAAAUCUGUGUUUCCCCCUGCCUUCCCAGACUUGUGUGGCCAGUUGGAAAUGUCUGGUUUGUGUUCAUCUCUCCCUCGUUUCUGGAGCAGGGGCUCAGACCCCACCACAUCUCCUAUGCUCUGCAUCCAUGCCUCUUUUGGACAUUAAAGGUCGAAUGAUGCACUUCUGA